AUGUAUGGACUUACACGCCGGCCAGUCCAAUACAACAAUGAUUCUCCAUCAAUCUCAGGCCAUGGCCGCUCGCAGAUUUUCACGCCUGUCACUUUACCGUCUGGCGCUACGCUGAAGAACCGUUUGGUAAAGGUUGCCAUGUACGAGCACCUCGCGGCCAUCUUCGGUGGCCCUCCUAAUGCGUUGCAUUGCGCUUUGUACUCGACGUGGGCGAAGGGUGGGUGGGGGAUGGUUAUUUCGGGGAACGUGCAGGUUUCUGGGCAACAUUUGACGCUGGGUCGCGAUAUGGUCAUCCCGCGCACGCUCUCAGCGGAUAGUUUGCGACCGUUUCAACAAUUGGCCGCGUCGAUACGUGGUGACGCUCAGGCGAAAUCUUCAGAUGACCUCGGAGGUCCGCUGGCUAUCAUGCAGCUCUCGCAUGCAGGCCGUCAAUCUCCUACCAUACUUGGGGGUCGCCCACCAUUCGUACCAGCACUUGCACCGAGUCCGCUCGCUCUCGGCCAACCGAGCCGAUCGUCAUCACACGUAAAUGCGAAAUAUGGAUGGUUUUCUCGGCUCAUUCUGCGUGCCGCUUUCCAAACCCCUCAAGCGAUGACGGCGAGCGAUAUCGAAGAGGUCAUAGACGGCUUUGUUAGAGGCGCCAGGGUCGCGCUAGAAAGUGGUUUCAACGGUAUAGAACUGCAUGCAUCACAUGGGUGUGAGUUCGUCUUUACAUUCGUUGACUUGCCGAUGCAGAGCAACAUUCGCAGGGACGAAUAUUCAGCGGAAACAAAUCCACUUCACCUGCUUCACCGCAUCACAGCUGCUAUUCGAGCCGUUGUCCCGUCACACUUUGUCCUUGGUGUCAAGAUCAACUCUGCCGAUUACAUCGAUGCAGGCUCAUCAUCAGCGAACGGACAGGUUGGCCUGGGGACCGAAGGGCGUGCUGUGGGUCACGUCGCAGAAAUCGCCAGUUGGGGAAUGGUGGACUUCAUUGAGAUCAGCGGUGGUGAUUAUGAGAACCCAGAAUUUAUGGCCACGUCUGGUCAAGCACUCUUUUCCCGGUUUGCUCGUCGGGCGCGCACUGCUGUCCAAAACCUCGGCCCCUCCGCAUCCACGCUUCCCCUCAUCUUACUCACAGGUGGACUUCGAUCUCCUGAGAUCAUGAACGAAGUCUUGCUCCAAGGGCAUGCAGACAUACUGGGUAUUGGAAGGGGAAGCGUUCUUCGCCCUGACUUACCUCGCGUUCUGUCCUCCUACCUUGAUCAGCCAAGUGGCGCUGGCGGCCCGGUUUCCCAUCAACUCUAUGAGAGUAUCGUCCCAUCGCUGCCCGACCUAUCUUAUCCUAAUACGCCUAUCGUCCAUGCGCUGAGCCGCAUCUUUACCUCUCUUGGAAUCUUCCCGCUUCCAAAAUUGAUUGGCGCGGGACUAGGGAUGGCUUGGUAUGUUGUGAUGAUGAGAAGGUUGGCUAGAGGGCGAAGAGCAGACUACAAGAUGGGCGGGAUCCAGGCGAUGGUUGCAAUGUGGGCAAAAGAAAUGCAGGUGAUCUUCGUUUUGUUGAUUUUGGUGGCGAGCAGUGUGAGCGUGUGGAUGUAUAGAACACCGGGCUGGGGACGGAAGGUUCAGGACGGGCGGAUUCCUGAACAUGCACUAUAA